GGGCAUCUUACUGGAGGCUGGAUAUGAAAGAUCAGAGUUACUCCCCUUGCUACCUACAUGUUAAAUAGUUAAACGUAGACAUCUGAAAACAUACGCUGCAGUUCAGACUUGGUUCCAAGCUUUUUUUUGCAGUCAUCAUGAAAGAUUUGGAGACCAUGUCCAAAGCCAGUGCGUCCAACGGCUACAGCCAGCCACCAGAUGAAGAGCCCCAGGUUGAUGGCGUAGGUGUGGAAGAACGGGGCCAGUGGAGUAACAAGGUGGAGUUUGUGCUGUCGGUGGCUGGGGAGAUCAUCGGCCUGGGCAACGUGUGGCGCUUCCCCUACCUCUGCUACAAGAAUGGGGGAGGAGCAUUCUUCAUCCCUUACCUCCUCUUCCUCUUCACUUGUGGGAUUCCUGUAUUCUUCUUGGAGGUGUCCCUGGGCCAAUAUACCAGUGAAGGGGGCAUCACCAGCUGGAGGAAGAUGAGUCCACUUUUUGAAGGUAUUGGCUAUGCUUCCCAGGUUAUUGUCAUCCUGCUGAAUUGUUACUAUAUCAUUGUUCUGGCCUGGGCAAUUUUCUACCUGUCUUUCUCCUUCACCCUGGAUUUGCCCUGGUCUUCUUGUAACAACAGCUGGAAUACAGGAAACUGCAUGGAGAUUCAGAGGAGGAACAGCUCAGCCAACUACACAACUGUUCAAAAUGCCACCUCCCCUAUCAUUGAAUUCUGGGAGAGGAGGGUCCUGAGGAUCUCCUCUGGGAUUGAUGUUACUGGGACACUGCACUGGGACCUGGCACUGUGCCUGCUUAUUGCCUGGGCCAUCUGUUAUUUCUGCAUCUGGAAGGGUGUCAAAUCCACUGGAAAGGUGGUGUACUUCACGGCUACCUUCCCCUAUUUAAUGCUGUUAAUCCUACUGGUCCGUGGUAUCACUCUGCCUGGCGCAUCCCGGGGCAUCAAGUUCUACCUGUACCCUGAUAUUGGACGGCUUGCGGACCCUCAGGUGUGGAUGGAUGCUGGCACUCAGAUCUUCUUCUCCUUUGCCAUCUGCCUGGGUUGCCUCACUGCCCUAGGGAGCUACAACAAGUACACCAACAACUGCUACAGAGACUGCCUGGCCCUCUGUUUACUGAACAGUGGGACCAGCUUCGUUGCUGGGUUCGCAAUCUUCUCCAUCCUGGGUUUCAUGUCGUAUGAGCAGAACGUACCCAUCUCUGAGGUGGCCGAGUCUGGCCCUGGGUUGGCCUUCAUUGCAUAUCCGAGGGCUGUGUCUAUGAUGCCCUUCUCCCCUCUUUGGGCCUGCUUCUUCUUCUUCAUGAUUGUGCUCCUGGGGCUGGACAGCCAGUUUGUUUGCGUGGAGAGCCUGGUGACGGCCGUUAUUGAUCUGUACCCCACCUUCUUCCGGCGCAAGAAAGGCAGAGAGCUCCUAAUCCUAGUUAUCGCUGUCAUGUCCUACCUGAUGGGUCUCACCAUGCUGACAGAGGGGGGCAUGUACGUGUUCCAGCUCUUUGACUACUACUCAGCCAGUGGGACGUGCCUGCUCUUUGUGGCCAUCUUUGAAACAGUCUGUAUCGCCUGGGUCUAUGGUGCUGAUCGUUUCUAUGACAACAUUGAAGACAUGAUAGGUUACCGGCCUGGACCUGCUAUUAAGUAUGCUUGGAUGUUUUUCACACCAGCUACCUGCAUAGGCACUUUUGCUUUUUCCCUCAUCAAAUACACUCCCCUGAAAUACAACAAUGUAUAUGUGUACCCCUGGUGGGGGUACGCUCUAGGGUGGCUGCUUGCGCUCUCCUCCAUGGUCUGCAUCCCUCUGUGGAUUGUCUUCAAGCUCUGCACCACCAAGGGCACCCUGAGAGAGCGGUUCUACCAACUCACCCAACCCUCCAGCGACCUGCCCCAAACCAAGAGAAAGCAGGACAAGCUGCUGGCCAUCCUUGCUCCCAAAUGCGAUGCUAUUCAACAGCUCGGCGAGCUCAUCAAACAUGGCUAUGUUCCCGUGCUGGAGAAGGAAUCCGCCUGCUAGGACGUUAGUGUCAUUUUGGGAGAAUCACCUGGCCUUGUACAAGAUCCAGACUAGGCAUUGUUUAUUUGCAUCCGCACUCACUUCCUAGUACCUCAUACACAACAGCCGAGCAAGCAAAAAGACUGCAGAAAUACUGACAUCCAAAUGCAAGCCCUUGUGGGGGUCUUUAAAGCCAGGUGGGACAAUGGCUUUGGCUCCAUCUCUUCAUGAAUAUUUUUCAAUAUUGUAGUACAGCAGCUGGCUUGCUGUGGACAGCUUCCCACCAUCCACACACUUCUCUCACACACAGAUCUGUCCAGGGAUGCCUAAAUGUCUACGGACCUGUACUGUCAAGAAGGUGUUGGCUUUGCAUGUGACAUUCAGACAGGCAGAGGGAAAGAGGGACUGUAGGGGAUACUGUGGAAUUUUUUCUUUUUUUCAACGUUUAGACAUUCAAGUGUUGUCAGUUUCCUGAGGAAAAGCAUUUCAUAUUUUUUUUGGACAACACAAAUAUUACCAUUAGCAGCUGUGAAAGUUUCCAUAGAAUGGUACACUAUAAAUUUUGAUCCAAAUAAUAAACAUCACUAAGUCUCUCCAGGGGUGUGACAUUGAUUUCAAGUGUUGGGGGCUCAACAGUUGGAUUAGAAGCAAGUAAAGGCCGUAAUGUUUGUGAAAUGUUUUAGUGAGAUGUCGUAAAUUAUGUUCAUGAGUGUGUCAAAACAUCUCCAAGUCAAACCAUUUCAUGCUAAAGGAUUCAGUUAAAUGUGCUCUUCACAGAUGCUAUAGUACAGGGAAAAAGCCUGCAGUCAGUUGCCAUUAGUAUAUUAAAAUAAUGUAAAAGUGUAAGACAUUUUAGCAAUGUUUUAAAGUGAUUUAAAAUGACAAUAAUUACAAUAACACAUGGACUGCAAUGAUCAUUCUGCCCUCUUUCAUUUGUCAUUUCUAAGUUAGAGUUCUCAGCAGAUGCCCAAAUAUUCUGCUGUGCAGAAAUUGAGAAUUGCCAAAAAAUAUGUUCUCAGCUCAAAAACUGAAAUUCAGAAUAUCAGAGAAAUUGUGUCUGUUAAAAAGUUCAAUGUCUUGCCAUUUUGAAAGCAAUAGUUUAUGCAGACUUAUCUGUUUACUCUGUUUU